AUGGUGGUACAGUGCCCGCAGCUGACGCCCCCCUUACAUGGUGGAAUGACGGGGUUCGACUCCUACCAAGACGUAAAACACUUCACCUGUGAUACAGGCUAUAAUCUUGUCGGGUCUGAAGAGAUGACGUGCCAGGCAGAUGGCACUUGGAGUGGCAGUUUUCCAACAUGCACGAUCGCGCAGUGUCCGGAGCUGCGGCCUCCUGCAGAUGGAACAAUGCAGGGUUGUAACUCUUACCAGGGCGUGGCGCGUUUCACCUGUAACCCAGGCUACGGUCUGGUAGGUGAGGCAAGCGUGACCUGCCAGGCGGACGGCACGUGGAGUAGCAGUGCUCCAGUCUGUAGCGCCUUACCUUGUCCGUCACCCGAGGUCCCCGAACACGGAACAAUGACUGGCUACAUUGCCUACAAGGAGGCUGUACGGUUCUUCUGUGACACAGGGUACAAUCUCGUAGGUGCGACAAGCAUCCUAUGCCGGGUCGACGGCACUUGGAGUGGGACUGUGCCUACCUGCACAUUGGUGCAUUGUCCGGUGCUGACAUCUCCCUCUGACGGUACAAUGACGGGCGGCAACUCCUACCAAGAAGUGUUACAGUUCUCCUGUAACUCGGGCUACUAUCUUGUUGGUGAGGCCGCGAUUACCUGUCAGGCUGACGGCACGUGGACUGGAAGUGCCCCCACGUGUGCAGGUAAAUCUUCUUCAAUGUAUGGAGCAUGCAUGGCUGUUGAAUGUCCGGCACUGACCGCUCCUGAUGACGGUGCAAUGACUGGCACCAACUUCUACCCGGCCGUAGUUCACUUCACCUGUAACGAUGGAUACGUUCUCGUUGGAAGCCCUACCCUGACAUGCCAAGCUGAUGCUACAUGGAGUGGGACCGCCCCAACCUGUACACGUAAGAAAGUGACCUUUAAUUACUAG